AUGAGUCUUAUCCAGAUGGAAGAUAAUGAUAGCAAAACAUAUACUCAAUCUGUCCAAAGAAAACUUGAAAAUACGGUACAAUACAGAAAUGAUAAUUGGAAAAUGUCAUAUGGUUUUAUUAAUACUACUCAAAAAAACGUGGUUUUGCAACAAAGAUCGACCUAUCUGCUCUGUACCUACAAAAAUAGGUUACAAAAUGCUUGUCCAGCUGACAUUAAACUGCUGAAACGUAGCGUUCAGGAAGACUUAAAACUAAAAUAUGACGAGUUAAAAUCUAAAGAUGUUGAUUUUGAAGAAUGUGAAGCAGAUUUAGACAUACAUCCUAGUGAGUUAGCAAUAGAUCCACCAAAAGUGAAGAUUUGGGACGAAUACAGAAAACUGAUAGAAUUAUCAAGACAAAAACCAGAAUCAAAACUUAAGCAACCAUUGAUACACGUGACAUCGUUACCAAAACUUUAUGUCAAUAAGUCUUACUCCAAGCUACGAUCAGGUUUGAACAAUCGAGUGAAAAGAAGUAUACUAAGAUCUGAUACCCAAAGGAGUAUAUUAGUGGCCAACACGAAUUACGUGCAAUUUCGUAAUUUUAAAUUGAAAAAGAUGUAUAAGGUUCGUCUUGACUAAUUUCCAUUUAAUCCUUCGGCAGUGCAACGAAAUGAAAAAGAAUUUAGAAUACCUUUUUUCGAAAAUAAUCGUCCCAUUAUCCUGAAGAUUUCCUAUAUGUCUGAUAUCAAGUGUGGAAGAUACAUAUUUUCAAUUUUUUA